CCUUUAACAUUAUCAAAAUUUGAUCAAAAAUUUAACUGAAACUUACAAGCGAGUGCCAGAAGUUGGAACUGCCCAGCCGAAAUAUUCUUUUUAAAUUGCAGAUUUUCGAUUAAAGCAAUAACCAGAUUCGAUUCCCUAGCCAGGAAUCGAUCAUCUGUUUUUAUUAUAAUCAAUUAUUUUGUAAUUUUAUGAGAAAGUUCGUUGAGGGUAAUGGCCAACUCACAGCAGAAAAAGAUUGAGAAGAUCAGACCUGGCACCGUCUUUAUGUUUGUGGAUAAAUCAGGGCAUGUUGUCAAGGCAAAGGAGUUUGAUGAACACGAAUAUAGCAUCAAAGAAGCUAGGAGACUCAAUAAUUCUUCUUUGCAAAAAAGCGUGACUCAAACUAGUAAAUCGUAUACAGCUUCGGUUCAGCAAAGAGCCCUGCAGAUAGUUAACGACUCUACCAAAAGCCAAAACGUUUCUGAGCAGAAAAAGUCUCCACAUUAUAGCGAAACAUUGAGAAUAUCGUCUGGCAAAUGUGCACGACCCAAGGUUAAUGGGGACCACAAAGAUAUACCCGUAAAAGAAUCCAGUCUAAAGAAAAGAUUACAGAAAAAGAGCUACCAGGAGCCAUUAGGGAUAGAUCGUAACCAAAGUAAAAAUCAAACGCAUCAGAGAGAGAAGAAGGCCAAGACUAAGACAAAAUCGGAGCCAGACAGCGCAGACGAAAAGGCUUUAGUCAAGGCCAAACCGAAGCGCACACGAACGAAGCCAAGUUCCUGCAGAAAACCAUCUGGAAAAUUGGCGGUGGACACCCUGACACCUUUGAAUGAUAAUGGAGGGGAUACUGAUGGAGUUUGGUUCAAGUGCAAUGUCCCCUUUCGAGUCAAGAUACCUUUUCCUAUUUUUACGAAAAAACUGUUUGGAAUGAAGCCACUCCCUGCUGGCUGCAGUACCAUCCCGAAGGGCAAAGAUUUUGUUGAUGAGGGGCUGGAAAGAAAAGUGGGUUGCCCGCCUUCGUUUCCUUCCAUGUGCAUCACAAUGAUUCCUGGGACCAAUCCGAAUACUUCUCCUGAUCAGUGGACCUCCUCUCAGCUGGAGCAACUCAAUGAGACAACUGGAACACCCAAAAAGAAGUUAAAAGGUAUCAAGAGAUGUUCCGUAUGUGAGACUUGCACCCAAACGGGAUUUAGUACGAAUGAGAAGGCUCCGUCCGAUCCUGUGUUAUCUUGCCUGGAACAGAUCCGAGAGCAUUUGUCUACUGAGAAUGAGAAUGCUCAGAAGAAUGAGAUGCUAAAGCAGAAAUAUACGUGCCGGUUCUUUGCUGAAAAGUCAACAAGUGUAAGGAGUCUACAAAGUACUGCGAAUGAAAACUCAGGUCCGAAUGCUGCUGCAACAAAUAACAAUAGGAAAAAACAAUUUAAAGAAUCUAAAGAAACUAAAGAACCAAAAAAUAUAGAGUAUUCGAGUGAGAGAACGGAACCAUCCAUUUUCUAUAACAGAUAUCCAAAGUGUCCCACGACUAGGAUUUCCAAAGUCUGCAAUGCGGCCGUUUUUAAGCAGUCACCAGUGUCAGGCCAUGUCCACAGAGAGGCACCGCUAGCUCAUGAACCCAAGAGGUAUACUCCUGACAAUGGCUUCCUUGGCUCGGGGAAUGUUUCCGUGAGCAGAGGCAGACACAUUUCUCAUCAACAACAAUACCAAGUCGAGGGGGGAAGCAAUAAUUCUGGCCAAGAUGCCACAAGCAAUAAUAGCCGGAACUCUGAUAAUGAUAAUGAACGUUGUUCUACAACUUGUAGACCAGAAGGUGGCGUCUCAGAUACCCAAUGGAAUGAUAAACACACUGGAGCAACUAUCCGGAAAGAAGAUAGUUUCUAUGACGAUGAGAGCCAAGCGUCCCAUAAAUCACAACAGUCGAAAGGGGGACGCGCUGGAAGGGCGCUGAAAAGAGAUGACGAGCCUCAAAGGAUGAGCGAGAGGAUGAACGACUUCAAGGCUAAGGAAAAUCGAAUAAAGCAGCGAUCUAAAUCGGCACCAGCAAAUAUCAAAUACAGAGAUGGCAGUCAUUACUAUCGGGUUCCACCUAUGGUGCGACCAAACGGCGGUAAUCCUAAGGUGAUUGACCAUGUAGUUCGUCAGGUCUCGGACAGAAGUGAGGAAGACGUAUAUGCCACGAUUAUGUCAAGCAAUAUGAAGAUAUUUGUGAACAAAAGAUGUUCCCCACAAGAACAACCAGUGCUGCUGAUGCCGUUUCGUGUAGAAAACAAAAAUAUUGGACAAGGCAAGGCAAAGGAAUGGCGGAAGCUGACCUUGACAAAUGUGACCAAAGUCACACCCAACCAAUUUCGUAUAGUUUCGGGGUAUGCCAAUGGUUCAAGUCGAGUCCCGAAAGCUAGUCCUCCAUAUGCAAGAGCUGUGCCCAGGAGAGCUCCACCGCCAGCUGUUCAAUGUCGCUCAUCGCAAGGUCAGACUCAGUCUAGGGCUUAUCCCACGUCAGCACUAAGAUGUCCCCGUCAUCCUAAUGGACCAAUCUCAAAUCGGAAUAGGAGAAACCCCAGCGCAUGCAACAGAUUUAGAACAGCAGCUCCGAGGAACAGAGAACAGCUCCAGUCUGAGUACAGGGAAGUUGCAUUUGGGUACAGGGCAAGUCGACAACCAGCUGUUUCAGCCGGCAGCAGUCAUAAUACAGGGCCUUCAGCUGUUCCCACUCAACGUUGGGUAAAUGCAUCCAUUGGCAGUAGCUGCGCAAUCGACUCUACAUCGAUACAAUUUCAACAUUCAGCUGAACGCAGUCUAGGGGUCUCGCAACAAACCUUGACAGAGCAAAACCAAUGUCCACCCUGCCUGGCCGCAUGCAGGCCACAAUGCAAUGAAAGGAGCAUGGAAACGGUGACCCUGAUGCAGCCCCGACCAUUGCGCAGUACCGAGAGCUUUCAGAGCGGCAACUACGAGGAUCAGGGAGCGACAGCCAUGGAAAAUCAGCUACAACCUGGCUUUGGGCCUCCGGAGUGCCACUUCGGGAGCCGGCAAUGUACAGGAGGUCCCCCUUCAAUGGGAGACUUUGGGAUAAAUCAACAGGAAUUUCUAAUGGGAAACGGUUACCAAUCGAAUCCAGCAAUCCAGCAUGCUCAGCAAUAUAUCUGUACCGGCUCUGUGUGCUCCCACUCCACUGGCCUGAUAGACCCACGGCACCUGUUGCCCACCGUGUCUGCGUCCGUGCAGUCAAAUCAAGUGCCAAUGGGCGUCUAUCAGUGCCAUCAGCCAGUGCAAUGCCAACAGCCGACUGAUAUGUAUGGCAAUCAAUCUCCUUUUUACAGCCCUGAAGAUUUAAAGGAGAGCAUCAGAAUUAUGCCAAUGGGUUUCUACGAGCAGACAAUCAACAAAUACAAAAUCAAUCCCUUGGAUUCAAAUUUCAGGCCGCCCUCACUGCAUGAAUCCCUCUUACAGCAUUUGCAGCAGCAAAUGGAAGUCACUGCUUGCUCCAUUAGCAGCCAAAGUCAGCAGCAGCAGCCACAGCACGGUAGCUCUGCGUGCUCCUGCCCCUAUAUAAUGCCACAAAAUUCAUACCCUCAGCAACAACAUUCACAGCAAGAAAUGCAGUUCCAAGACUUCGAUCAAACUACAAUACAGUAGAUAAAUGCAGGCAAAUAAACCCCCAAUUUCGGAUCAAUUUAA